AUGAUGGAAAAGUCAGCUCACGAAGAUAUCACGGGCGGCAAGGUCUCGCCCCAGUUGAGCCACGAUGGUGCCUACGUGACCGACUACCCCGUCGAAAAGGCUCCUCUCAUGACCAGACUUGGCCUGACACCCGACUCUUUCAGACGCCGCACACUUGAAGACAAGCACAAUCAACUCAACAAGACUCUCCAGGGGCGCCACUUGAGCAUGAUCGCUAUCGGCGGGUCAAUUGGCGCCGGUCUGUUCGUCGGCUCUGGCGGAGCACUGCGAACUGGAGGUCCUGCUUCCCUUCUCAUUGGUUUCGGUAUCAUGGGUAUCGUGAGUAGUUUUACGCCGCUCUUCAUGCCGCAAGCACUGACAUACUGUCCAGNNAUGAUCUUCAAUGUCGUCUAUGCUCUUGGUGAAAUGGCCAUCAUGUAUCCCAUCUCUGGUGGGUUCUACACCUACUCUGUUCGGUUCAUCGAUCCUGCCUGGGGCUUCGCUAUGGGAUGGAACUACGUCUUCCAAUGGGCAAUCGUCCUCCCACUCGAACUUGUCGUUGCAGGUCUCACAGUCAAUUACUGGGGUGCAGAUGUCAACGUCGGAGUCUGGAUCACAGUCUUCUUCCUUCUUGUCGUCAUCAUCAACAUCUUUGGUGUCCUUGGUUACGCAGAAGAAGAGUUCUGGGCAUCUCUCCUCAAGCUGUCGACUGUCUCUAUCUUCCUCGUCAUGGGUGUCAUCUUCGUCUGUGGUGGAGGCCCAUCCAACGGCAAGUUCAGCGAGUAUUGGGGCGCACGCAACUGGUACGAUCCUGGUGCUUUUGCCGACGGCUUCCCUGGUCUCUGCUCGGUCUUUGUCACUGCUGCUUUCUCGUUCUCCGGCACUGAACUUGUUGGUCUUGCCGCUGCCGAAUCUGCGACACCUCAGAAGUCUCUCCCUUCUGCCGUCAAGCAAGUCUUUUGGCGCAUCACUCUAUUCUACAUCCUUGGCCUGUUCUUUGUCGGUCUGCUAGUCCCUUACAACGACCCACGUCUUCUUGGUUCUGGUGGCUAUCUCGACGUUUCAACUUCGCCCUUCGUCAUCACCGCAGUCGAUGCAGGUAUACCUGGUUUCGGCGACUUCGUCAACGCUGUCAUCCUCGUCUCUGUCAUCUCCAUCGGUCUAUCUGGUGUGUAUGGAGGCUCUCGCACGUUGACCGCGUUGGCUGAGCAGGGAUAUGCUCCCAAAGUCUUCACUUACGUCGAUAGAGCUGGUCGUCCUCUUUGGUCUACUAUCUUUGUCCUUGCGUGGGCACCUCUUGCCUACAUCACGCUUGCUAGCACUGGUGUCAUCGUCUUCAAUUGGUUGCAAUCACUGUCUGGUCUGGCUGCACUCUUCACCUGGGGUUCCAUCUGUCUUGCGCAUAUUCGCUUCCGCGCCGCUUGGAAAUAUCAUGGUCACAGUACAGAUGAGUUGCCCUUCAAGGCUGUAUUUGGUGUGGUCGGAUCUUGGAUCGGUCUUAUUCUCAUCAUUCUCGUCCUCAUUGCUCAAUUCUACGUCGCUGUCAAGCCCCUCGAUGCCGAAGCUUUCUUCGCUUCUUACCUCGCAUUUUUCGUCGUGGUCGCCUUCUAUAUUGUCGGAUGGGUCUGGAAGCGUGAGACUUGGCACAAACUUGCCGACAUUGAUGUCGACUCAGGUCGUCGCGAGAUUGAUUGGGAACAUUUCAACAAGACAAGAGCUGUGUACGAGUCAUACCCGAAGUGGCGCAAAUUCUUGAGUCAUUUGUUCUAG